AUGGGUUAUCACGUGGCAAUGGGUUAUCACGUAGCAAUGGGUUAUCACGUAGCAAUGGGUUAUCACGUAUCAAUCGGUUAUCAAGUAGCAAUGGGUAAUCACUUAGCAAUGGGUAAUCACUUAGCAAUGGGUUAUCACGUGGCAAUGGGUUAUCACGUAGCAAUGGGUUAUCACGUGGCAAUGGGUUAUCACGUAGCAAUGGGUUAUCACGUAGCAAUGGGUAAUCACUUAGCAAUGGGUAAUCACUUAGCAAUGGGUUAUCCUACCUGA